AUGGGAAGCAAUGGCAGCAGGACACUGGAUGACCUGCAGACCUUGGAGAUUCACCACUGGUACAAGAAGUUCAUGACGGAGUGUCCCUCUGGGCAGCUGACGGAGCAUGAAUUCAAGCACUUCUUUGGACUCCGAGGCCUGGACCCAGAGGCCAACCAAUACAUUGAGCAGAUGUUCCACACCUUCGAUAUGAACAAGGUAGGCCAAGGCUGCUGGGUUCAGCUGCACCAGUUUUCCAAAGCCAAUGAACUAGCUGUGGUGGCCACCAAAGCAACUCUGGAGGUAGCGGUGACAUUUUAAGAGUAGCAGAAGCAGCUCAAGGACACCCCCAGAACUGUGCAAGCGGUUCUUCACACACACACACCGGAGCAUACUUUGGAAACAACUUUCGGAAUGGUGAAAAGAAUGUAGCAGGCGCCGAUUGGCUAGCUCCCGUAACAUCACCAGUACUUCCUUGCAUUCGCUAGAGCAGUUUUGUCUUUGAUUUUUUAAACGUUGGUGAAUUUGGUCAGCAUCAUAUGAGGGAUAAGGUGUAGAUGCUUUUUUAUUUUUCCUAUUAUAACAUUGUGUGCUGUAUACCACAUUUUCACACUUUUAAUGAAAUGUGGCUAUAGAUAUUUCAUUACGGGAGGAUAACAGAUAGAGGUACAAUUGCAAAUAGAUAUAGAUAACUCAUCUUCUUUGUGCUGAUCCUCCGGUUGAAUUUCUGUAUGCGUUACCUGUAACACAAGUUGCAAAUUCCAUCCCGCGCUAUGGGUGAAAAAGAAAACCCAGCUGUGAGCGAUCAAAAAUUAGUACCAAGUUCAUGAACACAACUUAGCUGCUUUGGUUUCUUAUUUUGUUUUUAAGUGCUUUAAAAGCAAAAUGCAGCAGAAAGGAACUUGGGGUGUUGUCACCCCAAAUCCCUCCUCUGUAGAAAGAUUAGGUCUGAGCGGAACAGGAGGCAGCAUGAGAAUCUUAGGAGAAAGUAACAAGGAGGUGAGAAUCUCAUCUGUGCCUGGAUGGGACAUCCACUGGGAGACUUGUGCAAAUUUCCUUGAGCUUCCUGAAAGGAAGAGAAGAAUAAAAGGCAAGCCAGGAAGACCCUGGUCUUUUCCUGCCCAGCUCUCUAAGACACCCCUGUUGUCCACUGAUUUGGUUAAAAUGCACAGUGCGAGAAUGAGGACUCCAGAUCUCUGGGUAGCACAAUCUGUAAUGCCUAACCCAGCCUUCUCCAACUGGUGCCCCCCAGACCUUUUGGACUACAGCUCUUGCUGGCCCCUCACAACGGCUUAAAGCUCUCUGAGCUCGGCUCACAGGUCACAGGUGCUUGCUUUGGCUUCUGGAAAUCUCCCCUGCGUGCGAACCACCCACCCAACCUCAGCUGUGUAAAGCUGUCUUACAAAGGCAGGCUGAAGGAACUGGAUGUGUUCACCCGAGAACAAAGAGGAUUAAACCGGAGGGGUGGGGGAGACAAGAGAUGAGAAGACAGCAGGAGGCUGGAGUGCCUUCCCCUAGACAAGGGCUGGACAUCGCAGGCUGCAACCAUCUCCAGCGUCCAAGUGGAAAGAGAGAAAUGGAGGAAUUGGUCAAACUACUGGUUUUAUAUGAAUUUAUAAAGCUAGGUAUCUUCCCUGAGCUGUCAAGUCAAAAGGAUACACCCAGGCAUAUAUAUCACUGUAACAACUUUAAAGAUGUGCCCCCCUCCGUCAUUUCCAUAACAGAAUCUUAGGAAUUCCCUCCUCCUUUCCAUGGAUUCUUUAAAUAUCUAUAUCAACUGCAUAUUGUAGUUCAUCCAAAUUUCAGUUCUCCAUCGUUUCCAAAGUCUUUGUAACAUUGCAGGAGUUAUUUAAAGCCUGCCAAAGAGGUCAAGUGUUUACAGUGUUCUUAUAAAUAUCUGUAUUUACCGUAUCCCAAUCUCAACUGAAGUUUCGAUCUUUCUGAUUUUCCAUGUCAGUCUUGUCAUCUCUGCAUAAUCUAGUAGCUACUAGAUGAAGCUACUGGAAAGAGGGGGUCUCUGAAGGACACCUGAAUCAGCUCCGUCCCAGAGCACAUGCGCACACAGUCCAGAGGUGCAUCUUCAAUUCUGUGUGCUUGUGGCUGGGGAAGGCAGCAACCCUGACCUCUCCAAUGUUCCAACUCAGGUGGUUAAAAAAGCAAGACUGCCUUUGCUUCAUUUCUAUCCCACCCUUUUUCCAAGGAGUUCAGUAGGGUGUAUGCUAUGCUUGCCACUUUCCUGUAUAUUAAUAAUAACAAUAAUAAUAAUUUAUUACUAUUAUUUGUUAUUUAUACCCCACCCAUCUGGCUGGGUUUCCCCAGCCACUCUGGGCGACUCCCAACAGAAUAUUAAAAACACAAUAAAACAUUAAACAUUAAAAACUUCCCGAAACAGGGCUGCCUUCAGGUGUCUUCUAAAAGUCAGAUAGUUGUUUAUCUCCUUGACAUCUGAACAAUCUUCAGCGUCAACCAGCCAGGUCACAAUUUGCACCAGCCUCUGCUCUCCCUGCCUAGUUUUCUUAUUUCUGCCCUCAAUACUUCCUCUGCUUUUUCCCUGCUCCCCCUCCACAGGAUGGCCAUAUUGACUUCAUGGAGUACGUGGCUGCCCUCAGCCUUAUCCUGCGAGGAAAGAUGGAGCAGAAGCUGCGCUGGUACUUCAAGCUCUACGAUGUAGAUGGAAACGGCUGCAUUGACCGCAGUGAGCUCCUCAAUAUCAUCCAGGUAACGGGGAACUCUGUUUUCUUGCAAAGGGCGCCAGAGCUGAUUUCUGCCAGAGUUUAGAAUGUGUCUGCAGGUUAGCCACUUCCUCAUCCCGGAUGUUGGAGCGGCUAAGGAGGUGCCGCUCUGCACAGUCUCAGAGGCACACUCUUCUCAUUGCCCCUUCACAUGCUCAAAGGCUAAAAACUCACAUCCCCAAAGAGAGGCGGUUGAUCCCAACCAUAGUAGUUGCUGGUGAGCAGCGACGGGAGAGGGCUCUUAAUUUUUAAUUUAUUUAUAAAAAUGUGCCAUAAGAAAAUACAGUGGUACCUCAGGUUAAGUACUUAAUUCAUUCCGGAGGUCCGUACUUAACCUGAAACUGUUCUUAACCUGAAGCACCACUUUAGCUAAUGGGGCCUCCUGCUAUCGCCAUGCCGCCGGAGCACGAUUUCUGUUCUCAUCCUGAAGCAAAGUUCUUAACCCAAGGUACUAUUUGUGGGUUAGCGGAGUCUGUAACCUGAAGCGUAUGUAACCUGAAGCGUAUGUAACCUGAGGUACCACUGUAUAUCAAAGCAGUUUACAGCAAGGCAAACAAAGCUAUACAAUAAGAACCACAAAAGAGCUAAAAACAGACAUUGGUUAACCAUUGUGGAAGCAUGGUGUCUGGGGCUGAGUCUACUCUAAUCUAUUUAAAAAAGCUAAGAAAAAAUACAUUAUAUAGCUAGCUCUCAAUGCAAGUUUACAUUGACUGCUGUACAGCGCUGCCUGGUGUCAUCUUUUUAUAUCGCAGUUAUAAUGUUAUAACUCACAAGUAUAGAUUAGUCCUUUACUGCCUGCAUAGGAUUCGGGCGGAAUAGAAAAGUUUUCAGUAGGCGCUUGAAAGUUGGCAAGAAGGCGCUUGCUGCAUCUCUGGGCACAGAGAGUUCCGCAGGACCGGGAUGGUGAAACUAAAAAUUUGGGCCUCGUCCAUACCUCCGGUUGUCCCGUGUCUAGAAAUCACAGGUCCAAGCAGUUUUCCACUCGACCCAUUUUCUCAGGGAAAACCUGCUCUUUGGUGCUAAAUCUUUUUUUUUUAAGAAUAAUUUUUUAUUAACCGACCAAUCACAUCAUAUCAAACCAAAUUACAUAAAUUCCAAAUUACACAGCUGAAUUUUAAAUUUUUGUUGGGGGUACCCAUAUUUCAAAUUCCAAAGGAGAUCCAAUCAACUUCUUGCUUCUUACUGCUGUUUUAAUGUCCACAAAUCUAACCUUAUGAUGUUCACAGUACUAUCCUGUCCUUUCUUAUUGUUUUUCCAAUUCUCUUGUUAUUUUCAUAUAUUUUUCCUUUCUCUUUGUGACCUCUGAUAGUCUCCACAAGCUGGUUAGAACAGUUUGUAAUCCUGCGUGGAUAUUAUUUUUUUUAUCCAGUAGCCAUGUCCAGACGUUUUCCAUAUAACAUCACUUCCAUACAUCAAAACAGUCUUAGUGUCAUUAAUCUUCACCAAUCUGCCUCCUUUCUCAAAACCUCUGAGGAGAUUCACCAGGAAUGCAGUCUGAAAAUGAGUCCGUUCCUCCUCCCGGCUAUAAAUCCUUUGGCAAGAUGGCGACUCCGAAUUAAUUGCUGCGCCAUUCCAAAAGCUCUUAUUGCUUCUCGAUCUCCAUAAAGCAUACUUUUGGUUAAAGUUUAUCUCCACACAGACCUUAAUCAUCCUGCUUGGGUCAGUUCAACCGACGAUUCUAAUGAGGAGGGGUUCUUGUAAAUCACAUAGAAGGAAAGUAAAAAAGGUCCCCCCCCCAUUCAGUCCCGUUGUCAGCAUACCCACCCUUUGGUGUAUCUUCAUCGUAAAAUAUUCCUGUUUCUCCAACCCGUCAUCUUCUUUCGCAGAGGUCACUUAAAUUAGCAGACUUCACUCCCCUUCUUCACUUGAAAUAUGUGCAUUUGCUUCUUUUGUAAUUAAUUAUUCCAAAUUGCUGCAGCUAGUGCACGUUCAGAGACAGUGUCCAGGAGAGCCAAGGUCCACACGGGGGCAUUCUGCCUAGGGCCCUCACCCCCUUCUUUCGAAUUAGGGGGUGAUUUAUGGGCACAGCAGGCAAGGGCAGUGUUCCCCAUUUCCUUGGGGCAACAAGGGAGGCUGCCUACUCCCAUAACAGCCUCUUAAUUACCCCGUGUGGGUCGGAGAGAUGGUAUUGUCGGCCAUCUUCCAAUGCGCCCCUAGUGGCCCCCACCUUUGGUGCUAAAUCAGGGCAAACGUCAGUCCAAAGAAAACCCAAAGUGCCGUUUGGUCCCAUUGAACACUAAAGAGUGGUUUUCCCCAGGGGAAAGCAGCGGGGCAACAGGAAACGUUGGAUGAGCCCUUGGUUUCUUGGAGAGCACAUGGGGUGAGUUCUGCCCGUGAUGGCUCUGCUUCACCUUCACAGUUGGAGGCAGCGGUGCUUUAUAAUGUCAUUGGCUGGAAACCGCAGGAGGGAGAGAAAGUGCUCUUGGGUUCGAAUCCUGCUCGUGCGUUUCCCAUUAGGGCAUCUGGUUGGCCCCUGUGAGAACAGGAAGCUGGGCAAUAUGGACCCUUGGCCUCAUCUAACAGGUGUUUCUUAUGUUCUUACAUUGUUGUCAAAUGAGCCUUGACGGCUUGGAGAAUGUUCCAGCGACACUCCUGCAAAUUAUCUUGGCAACUGAGCUGGGAUAUGGUGGUUCAAGCGACCCCAGAGCUCCCUAAGUUGUCCAAGGCAUUGUAAAUUAAUACAAGAACUUUGAGGCUGGCUCCACUGUAAGUGGCCUUCAAUCCUCCCUUGUUGGCUGCUUCUUUCCCUAGCCCCAGCCCCCCCUGCUGCACCUCUGGUUGCCCCAUCAUCUUGUUCAUCUUGCUGGCCAUUUUCCAAACCUUUUCCAACUCCACCCAGGGUUCCCCUUCACAGCCAUGUCCUGAUUUUUCAUUUUUUUCCUAUUUUUAUUUAUUAAAUUUGCACACUGCCCUAUACACGCAAAAUAAAAUAAACAAGCCCAAAAUACAUAAUCAAAAUGAGAACAACCCAAUAACACCCCCUCCCACAACUCAUUUUAUUUUAAUAAAUUUAUUUAUUUCUUUUUCAAGUUAAAAUUUUACAAUCACAAACAUACAACACACAACAUAAAGACAAGGUUCCAGAGAACUUCCAUCCUCCCCUUUGUGGCUCCUGUUAUUUAAUUAUUUUCUCCUACAUCUUUUAUAAUAAUCCAAAUCUUUUACAUUAUAUCCAAAAUUCACCAUUAAACUACAAGUGUUAUUCCCACAACACAUUUUAAAAGGGCGUUGGGUGUCAAUCAGCCAAAGGCCUGGUUAAAGAGGAACAUUUUUGCCUGGCGUCUAAAGGUGUAUAAUGAAGGCACCAGGCAAACCUUCCUGGGGAGAGCAUUCCACAAACAGGGAGCCACUGCAGAGAAGGCCCCGUUCUCGUGUUGCCACCCUCCGGACCUCUCGUGGAGGAGUGACGCGAGAAAGGGCCUCAGAAGAUGAUAUCAGGGUCCGGGUAGGUUCAUAUGGAACCUAUGCUUAGUUUGGAAACAAAUGUUUUCUUUUGAUCCCACAUUGCUGGCAGAGCAGAAGCUGUGAGGAAUGGCCUUUAAAAGCUCUCCUGACUCUUGUUUUCUUCCCCAACCUGUUAAUAUCUUACUGGUAUAUUUUACCUUGUAAGCGAGGGUUGAGCUUCUCCACAUCCUCGCCGAUUCCUUCAGGCAGGUAUGUUGGGUCUGUGUGCCUUGCUCUGGCCCAACCCUUCCCCGUUCAUCCAAGUUGGUGGCCAUCAGGGCCUCCUGAGGCAGCGAGUUUCAUAGUUUAACUAUGCAUGAAUUUUCUAUCAGUCCUGAAUUUUCCAACAUUCAGCUCCGUUGAAUGCCCACAAGUUCUGGUGUAAUGAGCGAAGGCGACAGCCAUGGUUUUAUUUAGGUGAUUUCUAUCCUAACCUUAGGGAUGUGGGUGGCGCUGUGGGUUAAACCACAGAGCCUAGGACUUGCCGAUCAGAAGGUCGGCAGUUCGAAUCCCCGCGACGGGAUGAGCUCCCGUUGCUCGGUCCCAGCUCCUGCCAACCUAGCAGUUCAAAAGCACGUCAAAGUGCAAGUAGAUAAAUAGGUCCCACUCUGGCACGAAGGUAAACCCCAUUUCCAUGCGCUGCUCUGGUUCGCCAGAAGCGGCUUAGUCAUGCUGGCCACAUGACCUGGAAGCUGUACGCCAGCUCCCUCGGCCAAUAAAGCGAGAUGAGUGCCGCAACCCCAGAGUCGGUCACGACUGGACCUAAUGGUCAGGGGUUCCUUUACCUUUUCCUUUAUUCUAACCUUUGCACAAGACACAGGGAGGAUUCCAAGAAGGCAAAACAAAACUAAGGCAAUGUAUAAAACCCACAAAAUAGCAUUGUUCCUAAAACACGCAGCAGAGCAACUCAAGGUUUGCAGCUGCUGUUGCAAUUAACUAACGAGACAUUUUGCUGGGGCAGGGGACAUUCUCAACUCAUUCUGGGUUUCUGUACAUUAGCUGUUGCAAUUGCUAAUAUUAAACAGCAAUUGUAAACAAUGAUUUUUAUGCAGCAGUUGUUUAUGAACUGAACCAAAUAAGCACCAAACUCUUCCGUUUCAGGCAAUCCGUGCCAUCAAUGGCUGUGACCACGAGACGAGCGCAGAGGAAUUCACCAACCGUGUCUUCAACAGGAUUGAUGUCAACGGCGAUGGUGAGACCCCCCUCCCCCGAGACCCUCUCCGCUGGCUCUGAAGCCCUUCCCCAGGCCCACCCUGGUUCCGCAGUCCGUUGCGAACUUUGCUGCCUAGAACUCUGCAGGUUCCAAACUCUGGGCCAAAAAGAGCAGAGCUUGAACCCAUUACACAGACACCCUCCCCAACCCUGAACAGGGCCCUCCUCCCUUCACCACAUGGGCCUCAGAAUAGAAGGCAACCCUCUCACCUAUCCCACAUCCAGCUGGCAGCGAUGGGCGAACUACACAUUAUACACAAAUACCCAUAACUGGGCCCUGAGAACAUCUGGGACUCUGUGGAGAGGAAAACUCUUUUUGGAAGAGAGAUUAGCACUGAGGACAAGAGGCAGGAAGAAAAGGAGGAAGAGCAUGUUUUCAUAGAGUCAUGGAAGAGGCACCCAGAGUCAUCUAGUCCAACCCCCUGAAGUGCAGGAAUCACAGCUUCUCUGCUCAGUACUUCUUCAUUUUUCUUUUUUUUAAAGGUUUUGUUACAUGCACUUGUUAGAGGAUAAGAGUCUAAAUCAGCUGGUGUCCUGCAACCCACAUAAUCCCAGACCAUAGGUCAUGUCAAUCAGGGUUAGUGGAAGGUUUAAUAAACUCAUCCCCAAUGCCUCUUACCCUAUUUAAAAAAACAACAUUAUUCAGAAUAGAGGUUUGCACAACCCACCGUGGAAAGUAAAUAACACAAUAAAAUGCAAAACUGUAACAAUUAAUUGUACAUUUACUCAAAAUCCAAUAAAAACUAUUUAGUUUAAUUUUCAACAGAAUUGAUGAACUUGAGCUAGAGAUACCAGCUGUUCAAAGUCUGAUAGUCAUUUACAAGCGCAGCACCCACUGCCUCCCAGGGGACUGUACCAUCCAGUUUGGAAACCACUAAAUUGGUCCAAAACAUCUUGAGGGCACCAGGUUGGGGAAUUCAUCUUCUCUAGGUUUUUGUUUUGCUGUGAGGCUCAGAUCACAGUGAUCUAGUUUCUUGCUCUACUGGGUUUUGAAAAUGCUGAACCGUAUUUUAACCAGUAACCCACGUUUUCUCGGUUGAGUUCUGGCUAAAGUUCAGUUGACAGGACAGAGUGACAAGGCAGUACCACCUAAACAACUCCUGGCUGGGAGUUCAGGGGAGCUGACUCAAAGCGUAGCUUGCUAGGCCAAAGUGAAGACUUUGCAAGAAGGCUGCUCCAACAGCCUUGCAAAUCCGGAGCUCUCAGGAGCAUCCCUGAAAAGGUCAUGCAGCAAAACAAAGAUAACCUUCCCUGAUCCAGAGCUCUGCAGCGUAGAGUUGCAAGGAAGAAUGAUGCAUAGUUACUUUACUGAGUUUGCUGCAACCAGAUCUGGAAGGGCUGUGGCUCAGCGAGUAGAGCACUCGCUUUGCAUGUAGAAGGUCCCAGAUACUUGAAAACAUAGGAAGAGCCUAAUGGAUCAGGCCAAUGGCCCACCUACUCCAGCAUCCUGUUCUCUCAGUGGCCAAGGUGCCUAAGUGGGGAACCAGCAAGCAGGAUUGGAGCACAAGAGGCCUCUUCCUUCCUGGGAUUUCCAGCAACUGGUACAGUGGUCCCUUGGUUCUCAAAAUUAAUCCGUUCUGGAAGUCCGUUCCAAAACCAAAGCAUUCCAAAACCAAGGCGCGCUUUCCCAUAGAAAGUAAUGCAAAACGGAUUAAUCCAUUCCAGACUUCUAAAAACAACCCCUCAAACAUGAAUUUAACAUGAAUUUUACUAUCUAACAAUUAUGAGACCACUGAUCCAUAAAAUGAAAGCAAUAAUCAAUGGAUUGUAAAGAUAAAGGGACCCCUGACCAUUAGGUCCAGUCGCGAACGACUCUGGGGUUGUGGCACUCAUCUCACUCUAUAGGCCGAGAGAGCCGGCAUACAGCUUCCGGGUCAUGUGGCCAGCAUGACUAAGCCGCUUCUGACGAACCAGAGCAGCGCACGGAAACGCCGUUUACCUUCCCGCCGGAGUGGUACCUAUUUAUCUACUUGCACUUUGACAUGCUUUCGAACUGCUCAGUGUAUUGUACUAUAAAAUAAAUAAGACAGUAUUGUAGAUGAUAAAAAAUUAAAUUAAUUUUUUUUCUUGCCUGCACUGAUGAUAGUCAUUGUUUGGAUGGAGGGCUUUUAUCCAUUUCUGCAGUCACACAAUCAAUCAAUCAGUAGCUGAACUGGGUUCCACACAGUCACAAAAACAAAUUAAUCGAAAAGCCUCAAAAACAAAAAAGCAAAUUAAAUAGCAAAAACAAAAGUGUCAAACUUAAUCCUUUCCAGAAGUCCGUUUGACUUCCAAAAUGUUUGAAAACCAAGGCGCAGCUUCUGUUUGGUGCAGGCACCCCGGAAACAAUAGCCGACAGCCGCAUCAGACGCUCGGCUUCCGAAAAACGUUUGAAAACUGGAACACUUACUUCCAGGUUUUUGGCGUUUGAGUACCAAGGUGUUUGAGAACCAAGGUCCCACUGUAUUCAGAAGCAUUUUAGAGGCAGAGCCUAGUCAUCGAUAGCCCUCUCCUCCACAAAUUUGUCUCAUUCUCUUUUAAAUCCAUGUUGAUUGGUGGACAUCGCUGACUGUUGUGGGAGCAAGUUCCAUAGUUUUAUCUCUCCUCCCAGAAAAAAUGAAAAUGGACUGGAGGGGGAAGCCCGUUUUCUCCUUCUCUCAUUGUCUCCUGUUUCUCUGCCCCUCAGGUGAGCUAUCUCUGGAGGAGUUCGUCGAAGGCGCCAGGAAAGACGAGGAGUUCAUGGAGGUGAUGAUGAAGAGCCUAGACUUGGAUCACAUUGUGUCCAUGAUCAACAGCCGGCGGCGAAACAGUGUCUAG